AUGACAGUACGAGUGGCCCAUGAUUCCCUCGGCAACCUGAAGGUUCAUCGUGACGGAUACGGUAAAAAACGUCGUCGAUUGCCUUGUAAAAAGCGUCAAGAUGCAAUCGACGGCGUAAUUGCCGAAGAGGAUGAAGACUUACCGGAUACCAAUUCAUCAUCUACUCCAAUCCAUAUUGAUUUACCUGAAGAUGAUGAAGUACCACCCGAAGAUGUUGAAACUGACCAUGAUUCUGCUGGUGAAGAGUGUUUGGCAGCUGCUCCAGAUUAUGAUGAAGAUACCGAAGACCAGAAGGAUGAUCACGAUCCUACCUUGGAGAUUGAACCUGGAAAAUCGAAAAGUACCGCCAGCGCCGCGUACCACACAAGUGGUUCACGAAAGAAGGCCAAUCAGUUGAACAAGCUCAUCAGCAAGGCCAACUUCAUCUCACGUCGAGUUGCUCGGUCUGCAGCAUGGCGCCGACACUUUUCAAGAACGGCAAAGACUAUGAAUUUGAAAGUCCUGCCUUUGACACCGGGAUACAACGCUACUCGGUGGAAUUCCGAAUUUGACUCUCUUAACCGAUUGGUCCAGGCUCGCAAAGUCGUCAACAAACUUUUAGCUGACGACCUCGAACUUGUCAAGAUGAAGAAACGGCGAAAAGGGAAUAAAAAACCGCGUGGAUACUUUCACGAAAUCUUCUUUGCUCCAGACGACUGGAGCGCCCUGGAGGAGUUGACAACUGAACUCGCUGUGAGUGUUCCUUUUCUUCUGAUCAUGUUAUUUCCAAAACUAACUGUCUGA